AUGGAAACGAGACGGAGUUUGAGAACAAAAAAGCAGGAUGGCGACGAGAAAAAAAGCAAAUCAAAAGAAGGUAAAGAAGUGAAAGAAGUAAAAGAAGUGAAAGAAGUAAAAGAGGUGAAAGAAGUGAAAAGUGUGAAAGAUGCAAAAGAAGUGAAAAGUGUGAAAGAAGGGAAGAAGGACGGCCCCAAUGUUAGUGUGACUACUUCGGGACAAAAAAAAAGUGCGCCGGUAAAAGGUAAGGGGAAUGAAAAGGAUGAGAAGAAAAAAUCGAACGAGCCAAUUAGUAAAGGAGUAAAUGGGAGUCGGAAAAAGGUGCAAGAAAUUGAAACAAAUAAAAAUAAGAAUGUAACAAAAUCAAGAAUUGUUUUAAGACGACGAACAAAUAAUAAUGAUGUAGUUAACCUUAGUGAAUGUGAUGAAAAAGGGGUAGAAGUAAAAAAUAAAACAGUUGAAAAAACUGGAAAAAGUAACAAAAAUAAAGAUGAAGUUGAAGAUAGUGAAAAUUCCAAAGCAGAUGUAGGAACUGAUAGUACGUAUUUAAGUAAAAAUGCAAAUAAUAAUGUGAAAGAAAAUCAAACAAUUAUAAAUAGAAGCAUUAAAAGACGAUUAUCACAACUUUUAGAUCGACUAAAAAAGGAAAAGGUAUUUCAAUGCUUGAAUGAUGCAAGUGAUUAUUCUGAAAUACUUGGUGAGAAUAAGGAAAAAAAAAGUAAUGGAAAAGGUGGAGGAAUAGAAAAAUGCUUAGAUCCAUCGUUAGUGCAAAAAACAAAUGUAGAUAUAAUCCAUAGUAAGUUACAUUAUGAAAUGUAUAAAGAUGAAAAGGAAUUUAAUGAUGAUAUAUUAUUAUUGUUUGAGAAUGCUGUAAAUAUUAUAGAGUCUGAAAAAAAUAAAAAAGAAAAAAUAAAUUUAUACAAUAUGCGAAAAAAUGCAUUAAAACAUUAUCAAUCAGAAUUUUAUAAAUUAAUAAUAUCUAUACGAGGAACAAAAGAAGCAAAAAAUAUUUUAACUUCCUUCAAUGAUUAUUAUGAAAAAGAUGAGGAACACUUUUCAAAAAUGUUUGAAAAUGUUGAUGAUAGUAAAACUGAUAAAAAGUGCACAAAAAUCGGUGAAGAACUGUCAAUUAAUAAGGAAGUAGACGUUAGGAAUAAUUUAAACAUUUCUGACAGUGUGAAAGUAAAAGAAAAAAAUAGUGGUGAUCUUACUAAGGAUGAUUCAAAUAAAAAUAAAAAAAAAGCUUCUGUAUUUCGAAUAAAAUUAAAAUUGGAUACUAUAAAGAUAGAUGAACUAAAUAGUGUUGAAAUGGAUAGAAAACAUUCUACACAAUUUAGUUUAGAUAAAAAAGAAUCGAUACACAUUGAUAAAGUUGAAACAAAAAGAGAGAUGAAACAUGAUGGAGAGCAUAGUCAAGAUGAAGAAAGUGGACAUAAUAUAAGUGGAAACUCAAGUUUUGUAACGAAAAAAAUAAUACAUAAUGAAAUAAAUAAACCAAUAACAAGCCAAUGGGAAAAUAUAUUAAAAAGUCAUAUAUUAAAAGUUUUAAAGAAUGAUAGUAAUUCUAUUUAUUUUAAGAUUCCAGUAUUAGAUGAUAAAAAUAUAAAUGAUAGAAUAAAAGAAGAAUAUAAAAUAAAAAUAGCAAAACCAAUGGAUUAUACAACAGUUACUAAUAAUUUAUCGAAUGGUAUUUAUAAAGAACCUAAUGAAGCUUAUAAUGAUAUAAAACUUAUAUUUAAAAAUUGUUUAGAUUUCAAUCCAGAUAUAUUACAAAAUAAAUAUAUUAUAGAUGCAGCAAAAGGUAGUGAUGAAAAGUUUGAAAAUUUAUGGAAUCAAUGGAAAGACAGAAUACAUGAUAGUUAUAAUAAUUCAUGUAAUAAAAUAUUUAGUAUGAAUAAUUAUAUAGAAUAUUUUAAAAAAAAAAAAAUAAAAAAAAAAAAAUAUACUAGUAUAUAUUCUAUAUGGAUUAGCUACCUAAUUAAUAAUAAAGUUGAUAUUAUCGAAUUUUGCAAAUUAAGAAAUAUAGAUAUUAAUAAAUUAAAUGAAAAAAGUAUACCACCAAUUUGUAUAGAAAAUGUGAAUUUAAAAAAUUUUAAAAACAUGAAUAAAAAUAAUCUGUUUUUCUUUAUCUUUAAAGAAGAGUAUAAAAAUAUUUAUGAUAAAAUUCCAUCUAGUAGUUCUACAAAAAAUGAAAAUGAAAAAAAAGAGCAUAAUGAUGAAUAUGUAGAUAAGGGUGAUGAUAAAUUGAAAUGGGAAAGUGGGAGUAAAAAAAUUAAAAUAUCUUUAAAAAGUAAUUUUAUUGAUAAAAAGAAAUCCAUUGAUGAUGUUAAAAAAGCACGAUAUAUAUAUCCUAAGAUUUUAAAAACAUGGAAAAAAAGAUAUAACAAUGUUAUUUAUUUUGGUGAGAAUAUAUUUGAUAACUAUUUAGAAAAUAAAAAAAGUUGUAUGGUAAAAUGUGACAAUAACACAUUUAUGACAAACUGUUUUCAUUUUAAAAAUGUUCUAGAAAAUUUGGAAGAUUUCAUAAGCACUCCACAGGUGGGUGAUGAGACUAGUGUAAAGCAGGAUGGAGUGGUAGAAAAACUAACUGACAAUAUUAGCACUAGUGAAGUGAAUGAUGGUGACAAUCUGAUAAAUAUGCAACAUGACAAAGGGAAUGGAGAACGCAAUAAGCGAGAGUUUGAAGAACAUAAUUGUUUAUCCAUAAGUUUGAAAAGAAAGAAAAGCAAUGAAAUUAAUAUACCAGUUUGUAGUGAAUUUCAAACAGAUUCCAACUGGGAUAAUAGUGACGAUGAAGAGGUUCGAAAUUUUCCCAACAAAAUGGAUAACAUAAAAAAUGAGAAACCGAAUGAAAUUGUAAAUCAAGUAGAUGAGACAACCUUGUUUAAUAUUGAUAAUGAAAACUUUUAUAAUUUUCAUGGACUAUUUAAUAAAGUACCAAAUUUAAAUGAAAAAAUGUUUAUAAAAAAUAUAAAAAAAGAAAAAACAAUUUUAAUAAGUUUAAAUUUGGAUUAUAGUAAAAUCGAAGAUUCAUCAUAUUCUCCCAUUAAUAACACCUAUUUUUAUAACUACCAUUUUGAUAGUGAUUUUUUUUUUUUUAUAAAAUCAGAGUAUAAAUUAAAUUUGUACAUAAAAAUUAAGAGAAAGUAUAUUUAUAUAAAUAAUGAAAAUUAUAUAGAACAUUUAAAAAUACAAUUAAUAAAUAAAUGCAAACAAAACAAUCAAAUUAAGUUAUAUAUAUCUAACAAUGCGCUAACUAAAAAUGGAAAUAACUUAAUAACUUAUUUAGAGAAAUGCUUUACCGAUUUACACACACAAAAUUUUUCUACCAACUCUAUGAGGAUACAUGAUUCAGCAAACAAGGUCUCGGAGCUCAUCUCCCGAGUCCAGACAUACGUAAGGAACAUCGAUGCACUUGUAAAAAUUGACAAUGAGGACAAGACGAGCAUAACAACAAUAACGGUUUUAAGGAAGAAGCCCAAAUUGUGA